GGGAGAAAAGAAAAAUACCUCACUCCUGUUGCACUUCUCAUAUUUAGAACCAGAAGGACAUUCCCCUAGACAGGUCACACACAUAUCGUGACAAUCUGAACGUCGAGGCUUUUCGUCGAAUCACCGCAGUAUGGAUCCAAUCCGCCCGUCAAAGAUUGGUCCCCACUGUCUGCACCGUUCUUUCCGUCUUGAUCUCUUUGGGUCUCGGGAUGCCGUUAGCGAGUCCGCUUUGCCAUUGCAUGAGCCGGUGUUCGUCACAUCCGCUGUGCGACUGAAGACCGGAAGAGCUUCUGAAGUUGCGCAGUGUGGCGAUCUGAGAUUAUACGGCUGAACUUGAUCUGGAUAAUUCCAGCGAAAGAAUCAUGCAGAGCGUUGAGGGGCUUUGAGAAUUUGUUUUUUUAUUCUCUUUCUUCCCCCUUUGGUGUUGCAUGCAGGUUUUGGUGACACUAACGGGGAGGCAGAUCGCAAAACAUGGCUGCAGCAAGCGCCGAGAUGAAGGACGUCGAGAAGGCCGCCGCAGACAUGCGGCCGCACGGUCGGACAGCCGCCAACGAGGACGGGCAGGCAAAGCCGUCUAAGUCCUUUAUGGACUACGUCCGCGGUUUCGAGCAGACGUUGAUAGCUUACAAUCUCGAGACGCGGGGCAUCAAGAGGGUCGAGCCGGACGAGCGACACGACAUGUCCAAGAUCGGCUUCCUGCAGGCUUUCGUACUCUGGUUCUCGAUAAACCUUGCGGCGAACAACAUCACGCUCGGAAUGCUGGGCCCCGUCGUCUUCGAGCUUAGUUUCCUGGAUUCCUGCCUGUGCGCCGUCUUCGGGAUGCUGGUCGGAUGCCUUCCCGUCGCGUACACGGCCGUCUUCGGGCUCCGCUCCGGAAACAGGACCAUGAUCUUCGCCAGGUACACGAUGGGGUGGUGGCCGUCCAAGCUAGUCGCGGUGCUCAACAUCAUCGUCAUGCUCGGUUAUUCGCUCAUCGAUUGCGUUGUCGCAGGCCAGAUCCUGUCCGCCGUAUCACCCAACAACAGCCUGUCCAUCGUGGUUGGUAUCGUAAUCGUGGCGCUGCUGACCUGGGGAAUCACCACGUUUGGAUACUCCAUCUUCCAUUACUACGAGCGGUGGGCGUGGCUGCCCCAGCUGAUCGUCUACUGCAUCCUUGCAGGCGUCUCAGGGCCGAGCUACGAUACGACAACGCCGUCCGCGGUGACGGGACGCACGCUGGUUGGUAACCGCUUGUCAUUCUUCUCUCUCUGCCUCGCCGCGGCGAUCACGUACGCAGGAGUCGGUGGCGACUAUUUCGUGUACUACCCAGAAGACGCGCCAAAGCGCAACGUCUUUUUCAACACCAUGGCUGGUCUGGCCUUGUCCUUCACCUUUGCGUUCAUCCUUGGGAUCGGACUUGCCUCCGGCAUGACGGCGAAUUCAGCCUGGUCGGCCGCGUACAACACAUCCCAAGGUGCCCUCAUCGUAGAAGGCUUCCGGCCACUUGGAACUUUUGGAUCCUUCUGCGGCGUGAUCGUCGCCCUGGGCUUGAUCGCAAACCUAAUCCCACCCACCUACUCAGCCGGCAUUGAUUGCCAGACUCUUGGGCGGUAUUGUCUACGCGUCCCCCGCGUCGUUUGGAAUACCGUCGGCGUCGUCAUAUACACCGUGUGUGCGUUGGCUGGCAGAGAGCAUCUUGCCGAGAUCUUCACCAACUUUCUCGCGCUCAUGGGCUACUUCGUGUGCGUCUUCAUCGCUAUCUCGUUGGAGGAACAUCUGCUGUUCCGAAGCUUCGGCAGGAAGCGAGCAGAGGGCGAUCACGGCUUCGUGUGGUCUCACUGGAACCAGAAGGACAAGCUGCCACUGGGCAUCGCGGCCUUCAUCUCCUUCUUAGUUGGAUGGGCCGGAGCGAUCCUGUGCAUGUCCCAAGUUUGGUACAUCGGGCCCCUUGCCAGGCUGGUUGGAGAAUACGGCGCUGAUAUGGGAAACUACGUUGGAUUUGCUUGGACUUCUCUCGUAUUCCCGCCGCUUCGUUACCUCGAGCUCAAACGCUUCGGGCGGUAGACACGUGGUUGUCAAGUUACUACAUAUUGUGAUGUAGAUAAGCCAUCCCAGUAGAUGAGUGGGACUUUCUCCCAGUCCCACGCAUAAAAUCAACCUGCAACCUCUUCCAUCUUGACGUCUGCUUGAAGUCCCUCCA